CGCCGGCGCACCGAGGGGGUGGGAUGCGGCUGUCCCCGCCCUUCCAGGAGAGCGAGAAGGCCGCGUCACACGGGGUUGGAUCACCCCCAGCGCUUUGGGGUUUCGUUUCCCAGCCUGGAUCGGGAGUGCGAGGCCCAGAGCAGCGUUGUAACCCUUUUGCUGCUGCUGCUGCUGCUUGGUGCCAGCACAGACGAACAUCCCUCGGUCCUACCACAAGACCCAGUGGAAGACAAAGGUGAGGGGCUGCUGGGGUAACACCCAGUUUCCCUCACGGUUUUUGGGGUGAUGGCCUUUUCCUGGAGCAGGAAGGACAGUCGGAAAGGGGGUCCCUCCCCACUGCUGGCUUCGCAAGUGGUGGAUUUGGGGAUGCUUCAUAAGGAGAGAGGUCCCAGGCACUGGGUAGAAAAUGCCAUGCACCAGCAGUUGGUGAUGAGGAGCCCAGAGGAGGAGUUUUCCAAGUUCUGCAGGCUCCAGCGCUCCCCUAAAAGGUGGUGGCAGAGGCUGUGGCACAGGUUGAAAGAUGGGAACAAGCAACGCCGGGAGGAACAGAGAGCUGCCAGGAUGCAGGCUUUAGCUGCUGAGAUAUUUGCCACGCUGGAGCUGCGGACCGGCCAAAAAGACACUCAAAGUGAGGAAGAUCGGCAGGAAGAGCAGAGGACAGCGCUUAAGGUCUGCAGCGUGGUCCCAUGCCUUAGGGAAGAUGGUUGUGAUGAGCCAAUUGUUGCAUGUGAAGCACAGAAUGGGGAUGUGCUGAGAGGAGGUGGUGGCCAUGAGGAUGAGAUGGGUCAAACUGAGCCCUUGGUCCAGGCAGGUGCCAGCAGGGAUGAGGAGGGAAGGACCUCUGGCUUGGCCCACAGCUUGAGGUUGGGAGUGGAGGACAAGGAUGCUGCUGCCAUAUGUCGAGGAGCCAGGGAGCCAGGGGCCAGGGAUGAGCAGGACUUUAAUCCUCCAUCAGCAGAAGGAAGGUCUGGGGAGGAGCAGGGCAGGCAAGUGUGUGAGGAGCUGCACCUGAGAGAUGACAUGGCGAGGUGUGAAAGGAGGUCUGUGAGAGAUCCAGCGCCCAGGCUCCCGGAGACAGAAACCAAGAUGUACCAUAUGAAGACGGAGAAUGAGAGUGGCUGGCUGAAGCAGUGGCAGGGUGACACGAGAACCAGAGAGGACAACUCAGAGGAGUUGGGUGCUUUGCUGGAUGCCCGUGUGGUCAUCACCAUGGUGCAGCAGCACACACAGCUGCAAGACCUUGCCACGUGCCACGAUGUCCCUGUCUCCACAGGUGGAACCAUGUAUGGAGAUGAUCAGCACUUCCAGGCCAUGCUGGAGCCAUUUUGGAAUGACCAGAUCUGGGAGGACUCUGAUGAUGACCAGAAGACUAUGGCACUGUCUAGGUUGACGACACUCAGGAGCAAAGAGCAGUGGAAGGAGGAAUUCAGGAAUGUGUGGGCACAACACGAGAUGGACUGUGGGAAGGUGUCUGAGGAGAAAGUGGAGAGCGGGGAACCGGUGGGUUUCCAGAGGCAACACAGACUUUCAGCAGAGGAGGAUGCUGCGAUGGCACACAUGCUGCCAUACCUGCUGGCUAAUGGUGUGGUGGUGGAAGGCACAUCACCCUACAACAUCCCUGUGUGCCUCAAGCGCAAGGACGAUGGGAAGACGUGGCGCCUGAUUCUGAAUUGCAGAGCUUUCAAGAAGGCCACCCCUGCUGUAGAGGCUUCAGAGUCCUUGAACAUAAAGAAGCUUGUGACAACCCUCAGCCCCGAGAGCAAGUACUUCUCGAAGGUGGAUCUAUCAAAUGCCUCCUAUGCCAUUCCCUUGGCAGGUGGCUGCAGCACCAAGUUUGCCUUCACCUUCAGGGGCCGGCAGUACCUCUUCACCCGGCUGCCCCAGGGCUUCCACAGCACCAACUCCAUCAUCCACCGGCGUGUGACUGAGAUGUUGCUCCGACUGGCCAAAAGAGAUAGACCUUGGGUUGUCUCCUACGUCGAUGACAUCCUCAUUGCUGGCAAAAACCAAAUGGAAACUGAAGCCCGAACAACGCGAGUCCUGAAGCUGAUCGAGGAAACAGGCUUUAAAGCCAAGUUUGAGAAGGCGCAGCUCGUCCAGCCCGAGGUGGACUACCUGAAGAUGACCAUUGGGGCCAAGGGACGAGGGAUUCUGGCCAGCAGGCUAGAAACCAUCAAGAAAGCACCUCGUCCGCGGGAUGUCCAAGGCGUCCGCUCGCUGCUUGGGCAGUUUGGCUUCUUGCGGGAUCACAUCCCUGAUUACUGGAAGCUGGCGCGACCGCUCCUCAACCUCACCAAGGCACAAGUCAGAUGGGAAUGGGGGGCAGGGCAGGAGCAGGCGCUGAGACGCCUGAAAGAUGCUGUCCUUAGAGCACCCCCUCUGCGAUUCCCUGAUAAGUCCCAACCCUUUGUUAUCUCAUUAACGACCAGCAAAUGGACUGUAGGAGCCACCUUGCUGCAAGAGGAUGAUUGCGGCCAGCUGGUCCCAGUGGGACACAGCUCCCAUAUCCUGAAGAACCAGAAGGUCUCCUACCUGCUGCAGGAGAAGAGGUGCCUGGCAGCGAUCUGGGCUGUGCAGGCAUUCCAGACGCUGACAGGGUCUGCUCCCAUCAUUGUCCAGAUGCCCCAUUCUCCUUGGAAAUAUUUCCUACGGGGCGAAGUGUUGGGGUCCCAUGGGACAAACCUGCACCCAGACAGGUGGACUCUGCUGCUGGUGAAUGGGGUGAAGAUGGCAAAGAGACCUCAGCCUGAGCGAGGUCUCCCCAGCACUGUGGUCCCCACUGCUCCUCCCUUACGGCUGCUGCCCUCCGAUGUCCCCUUGGCCAACGUGUGGUUCAUGGAGGUUUGCUCCAAAGGCUUUGCUGCGACCGACUUGGAAGAGCGGUGGCUGCUGGGAGUGGCUGAAGACAGUUCGGUGCCGCAUGUGGAGAUGGUGGCUCUCAAGCACCUCCUGCACCAUCACCGAUGCUCCUUACCCUUCUAUUUGUACACCAGCCGCAGUUCCUUGGUGAAGAGUUUGCAAAACCAGUCCUGCGAAGAGUGGGAGAUGUUGGCAGGCUUCAACAAGGACUUAUGGUUGUACAUCUUGUCAUGGGUCAAUGACAACCCAGGGAUGCUGCACAUCAGGUGUGUGGAAGGGGAUGGGAUUGAGAAGGAGUGGAGCCGAAAAGUGGUCUGGAGGGCCUCGGUGAUAUCCGAAAGGAUAGUGGGCAGCAGGGAAAUUUGGGAGCCUUCAAAGCAUGAGAAACAAGAAAUAAUCGCUUGGUGUCACAACCAGUUGCACAAGGGGGUGAAGAAGACCCUGGAAAGGGUAUGGCAGGUUGCAUCCUGGGAAGGGGACAGGGAGCAGGUGGCCCGUUGGGUGCGGAGGUGCCUGAAGUGUGCUGCAGGCAGGGAUGGAGUGGGCAGGAUGCCGUCCCAGCGGGAAGAGGGGCCGUGGUCACUGCUCCAGCUGGGCUACAUCAGUGGCCUCACCAAGACCGCAGAGGGAUACUGCUCCCUCUUGGUGGUGGAGGACGAGUUUUCGGGGUGGGUGGAAGCCUUCCCGAUGGUUUCCAGUGCUGAGAGGAAGGUGGAGGAGACAGACGAGGUGCUCCAUAGUGAGAUUUUUGAACGGUAUGGGACCCCUUGUGCCAUCCGUGUCCCGCCUUCGCCACGCUUCCUCCGUGAUGCUGUCUCAUCUGGCAUGAAAUUCUCCUGCAAAAUCCUGAAGCUUGGCCACAAGAAACCAGCCACAGCAAUUCUGCAGCGGCUGGCCUGGGGGGCUGGCAAGGAGUGGCUGAAGAUGCUCCCCUUGCUCCUGGCCGGGAUCAGAUCCAUCCGGGUGCGGCGAGCGGCACUGAGCCCUUACCAAAAGAUUUGUGGCUUCCCAUUGGAGAUGCGGUGGGGCGACGAGGUGGGGAGCUGCCCCCAGGGCAACAUCCUCCGUUGGCUCCAAGGGCUGCAGGAGACCAGCUACAGCACUGGACUGAAGCCACGCCGUGGGGCUGCCCAGAGGGGGCUGCUGCAGGGCUGUAGACAGAAUCAUGGAGUCAUGGAGGUCGGACAAGACCUCUAACGUCAUCAAAUCUAGCCAUCCACACAAUAUCAACCCAUCUUCUCUGUGAGACUGAUGUCUCUAUGGGUUGUAUCUAGUGGUGUGGGGAGAAAAUGGGUUUACUGGGCUUACUGGGGGGUUUUAGGCAGGACUGGGGGGUUUUAGGCAAGACUGAGGGAGUUUUAGGUAGGACUUGGGGGUUUUAGGAAGGACUGGGGGGUUUAGGCAGGACUAAGCAACGCACAACCUCUUCUUGCCAUGACAUUCAAGUACAGAGAGGGAAGACUUGCCGGGUAUACUGGUUUUAACUGGGAUGGAGUUGAGUUUUAUGAUGGAAUCGUUUUUUUUCCAUAGCAUCCGGCAUGGUGCUGGGCUUUCCAGUUGGGUCUCUACCAAUGCUGGGAGCACCGGGAUAGUGUUGCCAUCCCCAGUCCUGCUGGGUUGGGGGAGCUGGGCCAGCUUUUGCUCAGGGCUGUGGGAGAUGGUGAGCAACGGUCUUGGCUUCUGUAUUUUCCUUCCUUCUUUUUUCCACUUCUUUGUUUAUUAAAUGAUUUUUUUAAUCUCA